AUGCUACAGUCUGCAAAAAGGUCCUAUGCCUAUCUCAGCAACUAUGUCAAGCUUAUCCUCAUAGCCUUAAUCAUUACUAUAUGUAUUCAAGAAUUCAUCAAGAAAGCCCCAUACCACCUUCUGAAUCAUCAUCAUUCGCUCAUCUACACACUAACUUUCUCUUUGCUUACCAUAUCCAUUCUCGCAUUCUACUUCGUGAACAAGCCUCGAACAAUCUACCUGGUUGACUUUGCUUGUUUCAAGCCCCCAUCUAUACUCCGUGUGCCUUAUGCCACUGCGCUUGAACACGGCCAAAUCAUCUUGGCCUCACAACCUAAGAGCCUUAAAUUCCAACUUAUGAUCUUAGAAAGAUCUGGUUUGGGAGAGGAAACAUGUUUACCACAUCCAUUACAUUAUCUACCAUCGAAGCCUAAUAUGAUGGAUGCUAGAGAUGAGACCGAGUUGGUCAUCUUCUCAGCAAUGGACUCUUUGUUUCAGCAAACUGGGAUUGAUCCUAAAGACAUCGAUAUUUUGAUUGUAAACUGCAGCCUCUUUGCACCCACUCCUUCGAUUUCAGCCAUGGUGGUUAACAAGUAUAAGAUGAGAAGUAACAUCAAGAGUUAUAACUUAUCAGGAAUGGGAUGUAGCGCGGGGUUGAUAUCGAUAGAUUUUGCGAAAAAUCUACUUCAAGUCCACCCUGAAUCGUAUGCGGUUGUGAUAAGUACUGAGAUUCUUUCCCCGAAUUCGUACAUGGGUGUAGAGAGAUCCAUGCUCCUUCCAAACUGUCUUUUCAGAAUGGGAGGUGCAGCCAUUCUCUUGACCAAUAAAAGGUCACACCGGAAAGAUGCAAAGUACGUACUCUUGCAUGUGGUUAGGACCCACAAAGGGUCUGAUGAUAAAUCAUAUCGUUGUGUCUCACAAGAAGAAGAUAAAGAGGGUCAUGUUGGGAUAGCACUAAACCUAGAUCUCAUGGUGAUCGCUGGCAAUUCUUUGAAGUCGAACAUAAGCACCAUGGGGCCAUUGGUUCUUCCAGCAUCGGAGCAACUCUUGUUUCUUUUCAAUUUCUUGGGGAGAAAGUUCCUUAAGCUUAACCUUAAACCCUACAUUCCCGACUUCAAAAAGGCAUUCGAUCAUUUCUGCAUUCACGCAGGUGGUCGUGCGGUUAUUGAUGAGCUUCAGAAGAGCCUUAGGCUGACGUCAGAGCAUGUUGAAGCCUCAAGGAUGACGUUGCACCGUUUCGGAAACACAUCGUCUUCGUCAUUGUGGUACGAGAUAGGUUAUAUGGAAGCAAAAGGGAAAAUGAAGAAAGGAGAUAGAGUCUGGCAAAUAGGGUUUGGGAGUGGGUUUAAAUGCAACAGUGCAGUUUGGAAAUGUAACAGAGAAAUCGAAGCUACAAAAUAUAGUGCAUGGGCUGAUUGCAUCCAUAGGUACCCAGUAAACGAGCCAGAAGGUGGGAAGCUCUAA